UUAGAAAAAAAAAAGUCAACUUGCGUCGGCCAAUUCGCAACACCGAGACGAUAACAAGAAUCUACAGUAGCUCCCUCCCGUCAUCAUUCAUUUCUUCCCGCAAAGCCCAAGAUUCCGUAGGUCAUUAAUUAGAUAUUGGUCCAUCAACGACACCAUGGCAUGAGAUGAGAUGAGAAGGCGGCCAUGGUGACAACUGCUGGAGGCGCUGGAGCGUGUGAAGGGCCGACCGUGGAAGGCGGCGUCGUCGGACAUGUUGCGGUCGACAUCGACAGGUCGGCGGUGACGGCUGAUCGGCAGGGGCAGGUUGGAACCGGGAGCGGCUGCAGAAUUUGCCAGCUUGAGGACGGCGACCUGCCGGCGGAGAGCGGGAGCGGGCAGUUGGUAAACCUCGGCUGCGGCUGCCGAGGCGAGAUCGCGGCGGCGCACCGGCGGUGCGCCGAGGCAUGGUUCUCCGUGAGGGGCAAUAGGCGGUGCGAGAUCUGCGGCGAGAACGCGGCGAACAUCACUGGAUGGGGCGGCGGCGGCAAGGAGUUCAUGCGACAGUGGCAUGGGAUGGCGAGCGUGGAUGGAGGAGGCUCAUCCAAGGCCAGGGGUCUCUGCACCUGCAGAACCCAGUCAUUCUGCAAUUUCUUGCUUGCGUGUUUGAUCAUUGUAUUAAUCUCGUCGUGGUUCGUCCAUAAUCGUAUGGUUUGAGAUGUUUGAAGCCUCGAAAUUGUAUCACAUACUACUACAGCGUUGCAUAUCUCUUGCGUGACGGAACCGGAGGAAGGACUUUAAUUGA